AUGACAGAGAUGAUCGGCACUGUGGCGCCUGGUCGUCGUGGGUCGUCGCCUUCGGCCAAUGACGCCGAUAACGCGCAAAGAAAAACGGCCGAGAAGCAGGGCCAUAAGAGGACGGGCGACGGAGACGACAAGGAGAGCUCGAAGCGGAGCAAGGGAUCGGACGGUAGUUUCGGGUCGAAGCCUGCGCAAAAAAGCGUGGUCGACCAGCUGAAGACGAAGGCGGGGUGGAAGGUGGUAAGGACGUCGCACAGCAAGGGAGGCGGAAGCGGGGGAGCAGAGGGUGGCCCUGCUGACGGGGUUGCCGCUAACCUAGCUGCUCCGACUGGCCCGCCUUUGGUCGCCGAGCAGACCCAUCCUCAGGCGAGCAGUGGGAAACGCGUUACCGACAAGGAGGUGCCAACUGCUCAGGCGGCGAAUGAUGGUGACUCCGGAACCACCAAGGGACCACCCGUCGCGGCGGCGGCCAAGCCUGCUUCUGCUACAGUUGCCGGCACCACCAAGUCGAGUCCCCGUAACCCCCUUGCGGCUACCAGCGCGCCUGCCGGCCAGUCAGGUGCGAACAAAGAUGGCGAGGCUGCUCCAGCUCCAGCAGCCCCGACUGCCGCCAAGGUUGUCGCGAAGGUUGCUUCGGCUAAGGGUGAUGCCAUGGCAUCAGCUAAGGCCCCCCCCGGUGGUACCGCGCUCAGAGAGAUGCUCCGCCGCAUGGAGGCACAUAGCAGGGACGUGCAGCAGCAUCCCGUGGUCGACGCCGGCCUUCCUGGAACAGCACGCCGCUCCGUCACUACGCAGGUUGCCGGCAAGUCGUCCGGUGCCCCACCUGCCGCGCCUCCGGUGGCCGCCCCACCGCCUGCGGACCCCAAGUCCGAUUUUCUUCGCGCCCAUUUAGGCGCACGCAAAGCAACUGCUCCGUCAGUGACCCUGCCGGAACUCGGCAAAAGCGCGACGCCGAUGUCGGUAAACGCGACCGCACCCACACCAGGUGCAUCUGUGGUCGAUGUGGCGGCGGAGAAGGGAGUGAGUGCAGCGCUCGCCACCGGCGGCCGCGCAGACAAGCAUGCCGACCUCGCUGUCGUCAUGGCCCAUUUUGAGGCAGCAAAGCGCCCCGAGCACGCCCCUGUUAUGGCCAUCAUGGACACGGCGCAUGUGGUGCCGUCGGCGACCCACGGAGGGGGUUCGACGGAGCAGACGGCCGCAACGGCUGCUGUCGCCGAGAUAAAUGCUGGACGGAAGGAAAAGGACGACAACGGGAAAGGGAAGGCGGUCUCUCAGAGGAGCACGCGGGCGAUGACUGCGGGGAAGUUGACGUCGGAAGAGAAAGGAAAGAAGGCGGAAGGGGAGAAGGACAAGACGGGCGGCAAGGGUAAGCCGGCGAAGAAGAAGGAGAAGGCGGAGGAGGAGGACGAGGAGGGCGGCGAGGGAGAUAAAGAGCAUGGACGCAGGGGUCAUGGCAUCCGCCGAGACAAGGCUGGCGACGGGCAAGGGUGGGUGGGCGAAAUUAAGGUACACGGACAGAAUCGGUACAUUGGCAAGUCGAGGGAGAAGAUGGAGGUGGCCUACGAGCACGCGAUUGCGUUCGUCGUCUACGACGGCUACGUGAGCAAGGUGCUCAUGAAGGAGCUCACCGUCUUGAACCCGGGGGAGUUGGAUAAAUGGAAGGAGGUGUGGGCGGAGGUGAAGUUGUUGCCCACUGGGAUGUGGACGGUGAUGUGGGCCAGAGGCUUGUGCCAUCCGAGAGCAAGGUUCGACGAUAUACUCGGCAGGUACCGUGGGUACGCGAGUUCGGGUGUUGCGCUUCAUGACGUGCUCUGGCCGGCGAUCUGGUUCCCCAUCAACGAGGACACGGAGGAAGGCAAGGAAGAGACGAACGCUCUCAUGUCGGCGAUGGUAAAUCGCGUGUCGAUGUGCGCGGCGUAUGGGAAGGUCGCGGCGAGCGCGGCGUUUGGGAAGGUCGAUGCGAGCGUGGAGGGGAAGGCGGACGAGAAGAUGGAGAUGGGGGCCCAGGCGUUAGCGGCAUCGACAUGCGCCAUCUGGUGCUUCUUGGAGACGGGGGCGUCGGUGCUCGGUGCUGUGGGCGAAGGGAAGGCGGCGGCGAUGGUGGCGGGUGCGGGGGAGGCGAGGGCCAAGGACUUCAAGGAGGUGAUGCACGCGGUGAUCGACAUAGCACGCAGCAGGCAGGCUCCCGCUGGGGAGGUUGCACAUAACGUCGCGCCAUCGCUGCAGAGCCAGGCAGUUGCCAGGGCCUUCGUGAAGGGAGUUGAGGAAGUCGAGGCCGACAUGAUCGCAAGAGCGACGGUCGAGACCUUGGCGUUCUGGGGAAUGUGCCCCGUCGCCGGGCCCAAGCUCAAAGCGCAGGGCAUCGAUGUGCCGUGUGACGCGAGGAUGGAGUACGAUAUGGAUCACAGGGGGAGGAAGGGGGAGAAGGUCAAGCAGAGCAAGGGCAGCAGCAAGAGGAAGAAGAGCAAGCAGGGCAUGGGCAGUACGGAUGCGUAG